UAGUGAAACAAGGACAUUUGAAUCAGCUGCCUGUCAUGAAUUAGACGUAAGUCCAGGAGGCUCGUGCCGAUGAAAAGUUUUGACAUUUACAUAACCCUCUUUUGCUUUUUGUUUACAACAAUCUUUGAAAUUUAAAUAAUAGUUUUUAUUGAUUUAAAGCAGAAAUUAAAGAACUUCAUGCUCCUUUUUUUCUACCUGGGAGAAACUUCACAGUAUUAGCUAGUAAGUGGAACAGCUUGUGUGGUGGGUUAGCCAUGGACGCCGUGAUAAAACUAACAAGCCAAAGCCAAGGAAGAGACCGCAUAUUCAGGGCAACCCAGUACGCAUGCGCACUGACUGUGUAUUUGCUUCGCAACAACUCUGAGAGAAGAGACUUGGUGGACAAACUUAAAAGUUUGGAGAAGAACAUGAGCGCUGGUCGAAAAUUGUUCAGGCUGGGAAAUGCAGUAAAUUCCAUUGAGGCUGCAAAGCGAAGCAUCCAGCUCUCUGACAGAGUGCUGUGCCUGUGCCUCACUGCGGCCAACAUCAACCGCACGCUCUACUUUAUCUGUGACAACUUGGUCUGGGCCAGAAGCGUUGGUCUCCUCCGCAGCAUCGACAAAGAUCGCUGGAACCUAAACGCCUCUCGCUGCUAUUUUUACUCGUUGACGAUGAAUCUGAUCAGGGACGUGUAUGUCAUCCUCCAGCUGAUGGUCCAGAGAAGAAAAGACGCACACUUUAAACAGAAGAUAGAGCGCCAUCUGAAUGAGAGCACAGAGACCGCUGAGGUUAUCAUUCCACAGCUGGAUGCUUUUGUUUUUGUGCUUUUGGAAACUCUAAGAUCACAUCCCACGGUUGCCUUGGACACCGUGAAAAACAUCUGUGAUCUCUUCAUUCCCUUAGACAAGCUAGGUAUUUAUAAGUUCAACGCGGGGGUGGUUGGAUUUUGUGGCUUUAUAUCCUCCCUGAUAGGGAUCGCAACACUGGCGCAACCCAGUUUAAGGAUCAAACCCUGAUAAGAACUACACUCACAACAACUCAAAAACCUAGAUUUCAAAAUAAAAGUUCUUAACACAAUAUAUUUUUGAAACAAAAUGAUGUAAUUUUGUAUAACUUUACUAAUUUACUUGAUUCAAUGGUAGAUUUUUUUUUAUUCCUUCACCAUAUUGGCUUCAUAGAUAUUGCCAAAUAAAAAGGCAUGUUUAUUGAUGCUGGUUUUUGUUUCUGCGCCUGAACAGCUUUGGGGUGGUGGUCGUCACACAGGAAUCUUCUCAUCUUUGUUUGCAUUGAUGUAAUAAGAUGCUGCUAAAGGUUUGUGCUUGGAAGAAGCUGCUUUCCAGCUCCAUGUGAAAAGGAAAAUGUUCCUUACUUAGGUUAGGCUGGAUAAACAACACUUAGGAAACGUUGGACCUUAACUAAAAGGAUGCAUAUCCUUGUAUUUCAGAUCAAAGAUGCAAGAAAUGUUUUUGAAUCUCUCGUUUAAGGGAAGUGAACUUUUUUCAACUUGAAGUUGGAUUCUUAAAGCUUCCAGACACAAUGAAUUGAAUAAAUGACCUCAAAUGUUUUCAGUCA